AUGGCGUCAGGCUCAGAGGAACCCUCGUUGCUCGAGUAUGCCCGUUAUCACGGAAUCGCGCUGGAGCAAGAGAUAUUUAGUCACAAUAUGGCCCUUGAUGGACUUAUUCCACCCAAUUCCUGGGAAAUGGGCGAUAGUGACGACAUAAAGGGGGUCAUGGAUUUUAUGCAGGCUAUCGAUCCUGCAAAGAUUUCUGCAACUAGAGCCAGCACUGAAUUGUUAUCCUACGUCCUUAGGCUACAUAAGGAAUACACGAACACUAGUCCUGGGGCUCUUUCGCAUCGCCUUUUACCAGACUGGUACAAAGUUGAACAGCUGAAGAUAUCUCCACCUAUCCCUGAACAAGACGCUUCACAUGGUACCAUAUCUGCAGUAACGCUCUUGAAGCUUGAUCCAUCGAACCUGCAAGCACCGUCAGAGAAGCUCAAUGUUGAAUCUGAUGAAGGGCUAGAAUUUCCAACUCUCUACACAAAUCUGAGGGACAAGAUUCUAGAGGAAGUUGCAAGUGAAAAGCUCGUGUGUCAUCCUACAACAGCUUCACUCAUACUGGAAACUCUUAACCAUGGAAAAGUGCGCAAGUUGGAAUAUCAGAAACCAACCUACCAUCACCAGCCGAAUGAUAAACUAGAAAAGUUCGAGCUGUGUCCACGGAUAGAGAAGAGUAAAGAGACCAACCGUAGUAGCGUUGUUGAAAAUGCCACAACUACCGGCCAGCAACUUUCGCCAGCUGUAACGCGAGGGCCUCUCCUGCCGGGUCUAUUCUCAGCCUCUGACAGCGUUUCCAGCUUCAUGGAAGCUCAUGGGAAAAGGCCGCCCUUGAAUGACAGUAGCAUGUCCAAUUGCCACAAUACCAAGGCAGACCAACAAUUGCCAAAUGAUGAGUUUCUGGUUCCGCGAGAAGCUUCACCCGAGGCAGGUUUAUAUACCGUUCCCCUUGACGAACUGCCCACUCCUAGUAGCUCCCAAAAGCCAAUAGUACUCUUUAUGUCUGCAGACCUCCUAAGAACUCACGGGCCGCUCGUCCACAAACUGGAAACUCUCACAAACCCACCUACCCUGAUUUUUCAAGACCGCUCUACACUCCAUUCAUAUAAUAUGGGUGAAGGAUUAUGUUUGCGAGAUGCAGAUAUAACACUUUCCCCCACGGUAGGGAUGCUUUUGGCGACUACCAUAGAUUUCAUGCAGUUACAUCUGCCGGGUCACUCUAUUCAACUCGAAUCUGAUAUAAAAUUAAACUCGCCUUUCCAGGAGAGAAUAUAUCGAACUUGCAAGAAGUAUGACGAACUUUAUAUCUUUACUCUCCACCAUGCGGAUCCAUCAACUGUCAAGCCCCUGGUCUCAGUAAAGCAAAAUAUGUUCAAUGCAAUGGCCACAAUUAGCGCAUUCUGCAACUCAAUGAAUAUAUAUUCAAAAGUAAGAGUGCUUAAUGUCUCUUCGGACGUCACAAAUCUCGCUCACUGGAUUAUCGAUCUCGGACAACGUCAUCAAAACUUGGUAUUACAAGAUGAUACUGAACGCAUCAUUAGCGGACUUAACGGCUUACCUCCAAAGCGUCACUCUGGUGCCUCUGGUCUUGAGCCUAUAUCCAGCACCUUCGACGAACAGUUUCUUACACAAUGCUUAGCAUUGAACUGUUUUGCUGCUGCCUUCGUUGUUCAUAUUCUGCUUCCUUCACUGGAGCAAGCCCAAGAAACAGACCAGGGAUUGUUGCUUACGGCGGUCUUCCCGGGCGAGGAGUCUACUCCAUUCCCAGUGAGCAAACGGCUCUCCGUCGGUCUAGGUCGUCUUAUUGAUGGUAAGCUAGAAGAUAAGGCUUACGUUGCAUCCUUGCUUGGAGAACGAGCUUUCUCGCGAGUAAGGGAUCGCAGACGCCGUAUACUUCUCAGCCCAUUUGUACCAAAGCUAGUUAGAUAA